GUGUUAUUGACAUGUAUCUGACGUUUCUGGUGGUUGGAGAAGCAGGAAAAUCGCAGCCGUCUACGAAAAACGCGCUGCGACACUCGCAACCUGCAGCGUAAUAUGUUAGAUCGCAUUGCAUGUUCGUUUUGCUAGGCGUAGUCAAUGUCGCCUCAAUUCUGUUCAGUAUUAUCCUAAUUGGAGUGUACUUUUUGCACCUACGAAAGAGGCUCAUAUCUUCGCGAAAAAUGGAGCCAGAGGAUGCAAAAUUUAUGCGCACCGACCGCAAACCAGGUACCCUAGAUGCACAUCCAGCCCUCAGUGCAGUUGUUCUCAACUACGAGCUGGAAGUGCAAAUAUUAGGCCAGAAUGAAACAGUUCUCUAUGGUGAAAAACAGAAUCUAAAGAAAAUCAUUGAGUUGCCCAUGCUCAACUCAAGGUCUGAUUGUGCAAUACUUGCCAAAGAAGUACUCUCUCAAUGUGACUUGAUUCAUCCCACAAGGAUUUCAGAACUGGAGCAGAUUAUAUUCUACCUAAAGAAACGCAAAUUGUCUUCUUCCAAUAAAGAUGUAGAUAUCUCUCGAAAUGGUUCUGCUGACUCAGAAACAGCUAACAUCAACAGCCUCAAUGAAUACAUUGAGCUAUUAUAUGAAGGAAUUGCAGAGAAGAUCAAAUCCUCCAUGUUGAUUCUUCAACUGGCGCGUGAUCCAGAAAAUUUAGAAGCUUUGUCUAAAAAUGAAACCGUUCUAAGUGCUUUAACUCGCGUGCUGCGUGAAGACUGGAAGAAGAGUCUCAUCCUCAGCACAAAUUUAAUCUUCAUAUUUUUCUGUUUUUCAACGUAUUCCUGCUUUCAUCAUGUGAUUCUUCACUAUAAGAUUGGUUCCUUAUGUAUGAAUAUAAUAGCCUACGAAUUACAACGCUAUGAAGAAUGGAAAACAGACCUUUCCGGUCUGCCCAAGCCUUCAGACAUUCCCAUAAUGCGUCGUUCGGCCUCUAAUAAUGUUAAUCUCUCCGAGGUGGUUCCACGCAGUGGUAUUCCACAGAAAGUACGCCCGAAAUCCGGGAAUUAUUCCGAUAUAAACAUGAAAGCUGUGAUGGAAGGCAGCGUCUAUGAUGAUUUAAGCCAAUCUUCAGAGAGUAUUGAUGAAAAGAAGCAGAUGAGUGAAACUGAACGCCUGAAACGUUACAGAACUCUGAUUAAGAAACAGGAACAGCUUCUACGCGUCGCUUUCUUUCUCUUGUUGAAUAUCGCAGAGGAUGAAAGCGUCGAAGAGAAAAUGAUCAAAAAGAACAUUGUGGAAUUAUUGAGUAAAGCUCUAGAACGCGAAAAUGAAGAGUUACUGGUAUUAAUACUGACCUUUUUGAAGAAAUUGAGCAUCAUGCAGGUGAAUAAAGAUGACAUGGGUGAAUAUGAUGUCGUGGAGAAGCUACCAAAGAUGUUACAGAGUAGUCACGUUGACGUUGUCCACUUAACUCUAAAACUCUUGUUUAAUUUAUCGUUCGAUGAAGAAAUGCGUAUGAAAAUGGUCAAGUUGGAUAUGUUACCGAAGUUUGUCAGUUUACUCUCUGAUGAGCGUCAUCAGGAAGUCGUGUUGAAGUUGCUCUACCACCUAAGCUACGAUGAUGAUGUCAAAGAACAAUUCGCAUACACAGAUUGUGUCUCCCUGAUUGUUGACAUGUUGGUGUUGAACGCCACUGAUCAAGUCGAUCAAGUCAUGGUCGCGCUGUGUAUUAAUCUCGCGAUUGACCCGAAUAACGCACAGCAAAUGGCGGACAACAGUCGCCUGCAUAGCUUGAUGACUCGCGCGUUGGCGCACGAGGAUGCCUUACUCAUGAAAAUGAUUCACAACAUCGCUGAGCAUGAUAACACCCGAACAAGUUUCAUCGAAUUUGUCGGUGAUCUAGCCAAGGCAACCAUGGAAUCAAAGAAAGAAGACUUCAUUCUUGAAUGUUUAGGCGUUUUAGCGAAUUUACACCUUGCAGAUCUUGACUGGGCGGAGAUUUUUAAACAUUUUGACAUGAUACAAUGGUUUAACACCGUGUUAAGAUCAAAUGCGCAGCAGGAUUAUAUUCUGCAGGUGAUUGUACUUCUUGGUACAGCUGUGCAUGAUGAAGGAUGUUCACAAUUACUCUGCAAGUCGAAUGUCCUCGCCGCAUUGAUUGAUUUAUUGAAAACUUACCAGGAAGAUGACGAGAUUGUCCUGCAGAUUAUUUAUGUGUUUAUGAUUGCGUUGUCGCAUAGAGAGAGCAUUGAUUAUGUUAUUAAUAACACCGAAGCUCCGGCUUAUUUGAUUGAUCUGCUGCAAGAUAAUAACAAAGCUAUUAGAAAAACGUGCAAUACUUGCUUGGAUAUCAUUGCUGAGCGCAGCGCUGUUUGGGGUGAACGGAUUCGUAUCGAGCGGUUCCGCAAUCACAACGCACAAUGGCUACAGAUGGUUGAUUCGGAGACGCUAGAGCCUGAUGAGGAGGAAGAAGAUAACGAACUGCCGCCAUAUUUGAAUACUGCUUACUUGAGCACGGCGGUUGUUCCGCCAUUAAUGCCGUUGGAUAAUAACACUCUGAACGAAUCAGAGACCGCUACCAAGAAGGACUUCAACCACGAAUAUUUUAAUAAAAUCGACGAUAAUCUCCUACAGGAUUUUGAAAUGGAAUCCAUGUAAUACUUAAAUUGAUACUCGCUUCGUUAAUUUGUCUAGUCAAAGUCGAACUUGAUGUUACCAUAAUCAGCAUUUUAGUCCAAAAGUUAGCUAUGCGUUUGUCCUGCCUUGGACAUUUAUGUUGUAUGUUAUUAACUUAUUGUCUACGCAUUUUGUUACACCACAUUCCGGAUAUUUUUGAUGCAAUAUGAUAGACUAUGAAUAAAUAAUGAAUAUCUCACCAA